AACGCUUGAGCUUCGAGGUUUGGGAGUUAUAAGCUUUUAUUAGGCCCGAGCUCUUACUUGAGCUCUCUAUGAGGCCCGAGUCUAAUAAAAAAUAAAAAAAUAAAAGAAGAGAAGAAGAUCGUCAAAAGCUUGAGUCGUUAAGGUUCUGAACCUUCUUUGAGCGCAAACCUUUAACGCCUGACUGUUUAUUUCAGUUUUUGUUGAGGUACAGUCUGCACUCAGUUAUAAUCUCUAUAUUUGGAGAUAACUAAGUUUAGCCUUAACUUGACUUGGGCGUUUAGCUUGAGUCUUAAUAGCAUUAAUUUUUGCGAGAUUAUAAGGUUCGAAGGUCGUCAAUACUAGUCUUCUAAUAACACUAGUUAAGUCCAUUUUCUGACCAGUUUGAGAUGCUUUGUCGAUGGUUAUCCAUUAUUUACUGGACACCUUGUAUACGAUAAAAUCUUUUUGCGAAACAUAUCCAAAAUUCAAUCCACAGCCAGUUUAUAAGUUUAUUGAAUUCUUUCUAUAGUAGUAGUAUUUCAUAAACUGGCAACAUGUAUUUAAGACCUAAAAAAAGAUAUCUAUACUCUGGCAAAUAGUGUUGGUUAAGGGACUCGACUCGGGACUUAAGACUCAGAAGUUUUUUAAGCUCUGAGUCUCGUAAAAACACAUCGAGUUCUUCAAUUUAGACUCAAAAGACUCGAGUUCCUACCAACACUACUGACAAACCACUGUCAGUAGAAAAAGGUGCGAAAUUAAAAUUUUUGACUUUAGGUCAGGAAGCCUUUUCACCUAUUUUUUUUUAUUUCCCGCCUUUUUCUGUGAAGGAAAUGGCUUGCCAAACUAUAUAUCCUAUAUUAUUCACCGCAUCUUAUGACAAAAAUAAUCUUGUUUGUUUUAUGAAUGUUUUUUGCUUAUGAUCUGAGGCUGUUAUUGUUUGUCCUUGUCUCAUUUUUUAUUCCUCACCUUAAAUUUAAGGCAACAAAUAAUCCAACCAAAUUACGUACGUUACGUUGUUUUUAGUAUGUUGUCAGAUGCGUAGCAUCUCUAUAUAGUUUGUGGUUGUCAGGGAAUGUUAAAAAGUGUUUUUAAUUUUGUCGCGCUGCGUAUAUUCUGUCUCUGUCCCUUACGGGCGCACGCGUAUACUCGUAGCUCAUUUAUAGCAUCAUACCAUCUAUGCAAAUCUCUGCAAAUAACCGUAUUUUCAAAAAUAUGUCAUGUCAAUUGUCAAAUACAAUUUUGACAUUUUGUUGUAUGCAUGAGGAGCUGUGAAAUAUUUUGUAUGUUAUUUUAAUUAAUUUAUUAGAAAUGAAUGGUGCACUUCAAGUAUUAAAUUAGAUAGUUUAAAAUUAAGGAACCACGAUGAAUCUGGGAGACCCGGAGCUGGAAUUAAUAGAUCCUACGCCGAACGUACAUGCAUUGUUCACCCAGUUCGAUAGGACAUUCUUUUGGGCUAAACUUGCAAGCAGAGCAGUUGUCCGUUGGAGUAAGCGGAUGUAUUCCUGCGCUGGUAUAUGCUCCUAUGAAGGCAGGGGAGGCCUUUGCGACAUAGCUCUCAGUGAGCCUCUGCUGAAGCUACGCCCUCGCAAAGACCUCGUGGAGACAUUACUGCAUGAAAUGAUCCAUGCAUACCUGUUCAUCACACAGCGGGACCAAGAUCGGGAUGGCCAUGGCCCAAACUUUAAGGAGCAUAUGUACAGGAUCAACAUGGCAGCUGGGAUCAAUAUCAGCAUUUAUCAUGACUUUCAUGAUGAGGUUAAACUGUACCAGACUCAUUGGUGGCGUUGCAAUGGGCCCUGCCAGUUAAGAAAACCCUACUUCGGAAUUGUGCGGCGAACUGCGAACGUCGCUCCCGGGCCCAGAGACCGAUGGUGGACUCAGCAUCAGAAGAGUUGUGGAGGUACAUUCAUAAAAAUCAAAGAGCCAGACAAAAAUAACAAGAAAACGCCAGUAGCCCAACCUAAAGGUGAUAUUACUAAGUAUAUAACUAGUAAUAAGAAAACUACAACUGGGGACCCAAAAAUUGUUCAAAUAACUGAUAUUAAAUCUAGCACACCUCAAGCUCAAACAAAAUCAAACAAUUCAAGUACAAUUGUGGUGACUCAGAAAGAUGUUAGUAAUCCUCUAAAUAAACCAGCAGUAAAGCCGCCUUCUUUUGUUAUUGGUAAGUAUUAUACUAUCGGAGGAACUAGCACUAGAGUCCGAUCUAAUUCCGUUGAUGCUGCUGAAGCAGUCAGAAACGUUUGGGCUAAAAAACAAUUGACGCAAAGUAAUGUGUCACCCAAUGCUGCUGAAACGGUCAGAAAUACUUGGGCUAAGAAACAAUUGACACCUGCUUCAGUUUCACCCAUUGCUGCUGUUAAAGAAAAAAAUAUCAAUCAUGUCCAAAAGCCAAAUACUCUAAAUAUUUUUCCUAAGAAAGCAUCAACUAAUAUGAACAAUAAUGAUCUCAAUAAAAAGGUAACCAAACAUAAGACUCAUUCUGAACAUGUUGAUUCUCCGCCCGGAAAAGUAAAAAAGAUCGAUGAUUACUUUAAGAAAAAUGCGACGUCCUUGCUUAAAGAUAUUUAUGGCACCAAUAUUGAAGUGGUAGAAUCCAAUAGUAAUAAUAAAUUGGUUGCUGUUAAUAACACUAGUAGCAGCAGCUCACACACUGUCCGAGUCGAGUGUCCUAUAUGCGGAUUGAAAAUAGAGGAACAAAAUAUAAAUAACCACUUAGAUGAAUGUUUAAAUAAAGAUUUAAUAUCUAAAAUCUGCAGCGGGAAUGAAACGGCAGCAACAUCCCUAGUUAAAACAAAGCCAGUUCCGUUAGAUAAUAAUAAGGAUCUACUAAAUCCUACAGUUGGGAAUAUAGUAUCAAAACAAGUUUCGAAAGAUAUAUUAGCUACUUUACAGACGAUUCCACCUUACAAACCAAAGCAAUUGCCUGAGCUAAAUUCUGAAAUUAAAAUGGAGAUGGAUAAAUUUGUAACCACAUUUAGGGGAACAUUCUGGAACGAGACUCAAGUAAUUAAUAAACCUAAUAAUUUAGACGAUAAUAUAGACUGGAAUGAUCACUUGAAAGCACAAAUACCAAAAAUAAAGCUAGAACCUAUCGAUCUGUAUAAUGCAGAGUCAGUUGUAAAGAAAGUUGAAUUUGAUAAACCUCUAAGGAAAUCUGAUAACUAUAUUGUACCAAAAGAGGAAAAAGGAGGAAGCGGUGAUCCCUUCAUAGUAGAAGAUGCCAAAAUUAAAUUACCUGUAGUAAAAAAAGAACCUGGAAAUGGUACAGUAUCUGUUUUGACGGAGCAGAAUUGUCCAUGCUGUGGUAAUAAAGUCACUAAGCCUAUGGAUGAACACUUAGACGAGUGUUUGGCAUUUUUCGCCACCGACACGGCACCUGAAGAAGCGUCUACGAGUUUUGCUAACCAGACGAUAGUGAUCGAUAACGACGAUGACGACGUGUUCGACGAGUCUCAGGUGUUCAACGCAACUGGAACUAAGUUGCCAUGUCCAUGUUGUAUGCAGAUGGUAGAAAAUGAUGAUAUGAAUGCGCAUUUAGAUAGCUGUUUGAGUUAAAUACUAAUUAUUGUUAAUUUAUUGCCAUAAUGAUAACUUAUUAAUCGUAUUAUGUGUUUAAUAUUAAUAUAAUUGUUAAAUUUGAGUGAUAUGAAGACUGUCAAAUUGUGAUAUUAGAUUAAAAAUAAAUUGAUGUAAAUUUUUAA